GUACCCUAUGCUUCCUCUCUCUCUUAGCUGCCCUUUCCCCUCUUUUAAAUUGACAGAAAUUCCCACGCCCACCCAAGAAAGAAACAAGAGAAAGAGAACACAAAUUGGAAACUCUCCAGUCCAGUCUCCUCCCUUUCAAAGGGCCUCUUGAUCUCGAAAGUCAGGUCAAUCUCCAAGAUAUUCCACCACUUCUUUCUCUGUCUCUCUCUCUCUGUGUCACAAUAUGGAUGAUUAUUAUAGAAGGAGCCAUGUUCCAGCUUUUGGCAGCUGGGAUUGGAACAAUGACCUCCCGUUUACUCAGUGUUUUGAAUCAGCUAGACAAGCUGGGUUGCUUCGUUACAGCUACUCCGAGGAUCGCGAUUUGUAUGUUGCUGGUGAUCUUUAUGAGAAUGACGUCGUUACGCCUGCCAUGAUUGUUGUUCCUCGCAGAAGGACAAAAGUACGUCAGUCGCAUGUUAAAGAAGGGAAAAAGCAACGCUGGGAGGUCAGUGACGUGAAGGAACCAGCAAGCCCCACUCCUCUGCCCAGGCAAACGCCCAAACCCGUUGAUGAAGACCUCUACAAAAUCUCCCCUGAGCUCCUUUACGCAAAGCCCAAAAAGAAGAGAGGAUUGGGUUUCUUUUCAAGCUGCUUGGUGCCAACUUGUGCAUUGUGAAGCUGCCAUUCCCAAGUGCUAAAUUAAAGCUUAUAUAUAUAUAUAGGAUCACGUAAAUAGAGUUUAAGGAGUUGAGAAGAGUUAAUGGAGAUGCCGUGGGCUGGACUUCUUUCCCUUCCCUUUAUAUAUUAGGGGGAAUUACUGGGUUAAGAAGAGAAUUGUUAUAGUGAUUAUUACUAUUAUCAUCAUUAUUACCAUGUGAGAAGCAGAAUCUUGUUGUCAAGGAGAAGGGUUUUUCUUUUAAACCCUUUCCUCAUGUUUUUUUGUUUGUAUGGCUCAGUCUUUUGGAGGCUCUGACAAUGGAAAAUUGGGAAUCUUGGUUGACCAUAUUCGGAAUGAAAAAGGAUAGUGAAAAGAGAAGAAUGCUGGUUUCUCAAGAUUUGUAUAUUUUCUUUGAAUUACUAUGAUGUAAAACAGUCCUCUGCAUAUUGUACUACCCUUUUUUAGCAAUUGAAAUCAAAUCUAUGACUAUGAGAUUGAGAG